GACAACAUUUGGAAAUGAAUAUAAAUAUAGUUUCCGUACUUGUAACUAACUCAAGUUAAACGGUUGUUAGUUGUUUAUAGGUUUAAAAAUUAUAUCAAGCAACAGCAGUUGAUGGUUGUUUUGGUGAAUUAUUCAUAGGCUACAAUCACGACUAGUGUGUAAAAAUGGAUUGUGAAACUCGAGGAAGAGGAAGAAGAGGACGCGGAAACCGAAAUGAAGAGAGCAGAGAUGUCCGUCUGUCUAAAUCUCUGUCUUAUGUGUUACGCCACGGUGCCAGUAAGAUGGGUCUUCAGAUGAACUCGGAUGGCUUUGUAUUUGUGGAGGAACUACUCGCUCAUCAGCAGUUUCGCUCAUUUUCAGUGGAUGAUGUGGAGCGAGUCGUAGCCUCCAAUGACAAACAGCGAUUCAAGCUGUGCAAACACCCUGAGGAUGAUCGUCUGCAGAUACGAGCCAAUCAGGGUCACUCAGUACAGGUUACAGAUCUAGAAUUGCGAGAGAUAUCCCAAGAUGAUCAGGAUUAUCCGAGAGAAGCUGUUCACGGCUCAUACAUGAAGCACUGGCCCUCCAUCCGCAGUCAGGGCCUCAGCAGAAUGAACAGAACUCACAUACACCUGGCUCCUGGACUGCCUGGAGAGGGCAGAGUCAUCAGCGGUAUGCGACAGAGUUGUGAUCUAGCUGUGUAUAUUGAUGUCACGAAAGCAAUGUCAGAUGGGAUUAAGUUCUUCUGGUCAGAGAACGGUGUGCUGUUGACUCCUGGAGAUGCAGCUGGGAUUUUAGCACCGUGCUAUUUUUCACGAGCACAGAGACUAAAACCGUUACCUUGUGACAUUGAACUGCAUUAGCUGUUGGAGAGGAUCUCCUUCUGACUGGACGUUUUUCUGACCAUGAACUAUAAAAAAAGCUUUCAAAAGAGGAAGAUUUGUUUCUUAAAGAUAUAUCUUUUAAAUGAAUGCAAUGACCCUGUUUAUUAUACUCCAAUGUUAAUAGAUAGAAAUAAUACUGUCCUCCACAAAUCCCUUAACAAGCACAGAAUUGUUCAGAAUUACCUUUAAAGAGAUGCACUCAAAAAUGAUUGUUGCUGCUUGUUCAAACUACUUUUUUAAAAUAAGCCAAAUAUCAACAU